AUGUCAACCAAGGUUAUUAAGUAUGUUGGGAGAACGACAAAUUUUAAAGGCAAGACCUUAUGGGAAAUUGUCGGAAGUCUUAAAAAUAAUGGGGUAGGGAGGAUUAUAUGCCGUUCAGUAUUUGAACGCUAUCCAGAACCUAGUUUUAUGAAGAUUGUGAAAGUGGAAACUUGUCCUGAUGAAGAAAGAAGGAGAGUACGCGUUUGGGUUGAGAAAACAUUUAGAGGUAGAAAAUUGCCCAAAUAUACAGAAAUUUACCGUACAUCUUAUAAACCUGAUUAUAAACUUAUUACUAAAGAUGAAGAAGCCAAAUUAAUCGAAGCAGUUAAAGCAAUUGAAAAAACAACUGAGGUUAUUUUACCAAAGACUAUUGAAAUGCCACCAUUAAUGAAGCAAUUUAUUGUAAAAGACUAUGAAAAGAAAGGAUUUGAGACUGUAAAGGAAUUUGUGCUGCCAAUAUCCUACAGCCAUAGUCCAAAUAGAGUGCAAAGAAUUGCUAAAGAUAAUGAAAAACCAACAGUUGAAUUUACUAUGGGUCUUGGAAAACCAAUAAGUCCCUCUCUCUAUGAAGGAGUCCAGUUACAA